AUGGAGUUCCUGACUAACAAUAUUCCGGUUGCAAACAGCACUCUAUUUACAGACAACUUUAGAAACUUCGACUAUGAGGGUUUGAAGACCACUGUUGUUACAGCAUGGCAACAGACUUCAUGGUGGUUGAUUGUCACUGUGGCUACGCUCGCUGUUGUUUUGUACGACCAGGUGAUGUACCAAAUUUAUAAAGGGUCGAUUGCAGGUCCUCGCUACAAGGUCUGGCCUGUUAUUGGGCCGUUCUUGGAGUCGUUGGAUCCAAAGUUCCACGAGUACCAAGAUAAAUGGGCUUCUGGACCAUUGUCGUGCGUUUCUAUUUUCCAUAAGUUUGUGGUGAUUGCCUCUACCAGAGAUCUUGCCAGAAAGAUUUUCCAGUCGCCAAACUACGUCAAGCCAUGUGUUGUUGAUGUUGCUAUAAAAAUCCUGAGACCUUCCAACUGGGUGUUCCUUGACGGUAAGGAACACUCGGAUUACAGAAAAGGUUUGAAUCCGCUGUUCACGAAAAGUGCACUGGAGUUAUACAUUCCCGACCAAGAGAAGAUUAUGGACGAGUACCUCAAAACGUUUGUUGAGAUGACCAAAGACGAGCCAAGCGUGUUUUUCCCAGCUUUCAGAGAGCUCAUGUGCGCCAUUUCUUUGAAAACUUUCUGUGGAGACUACAUUUCGCGUGAACAGAUUAAGUCGAUCGCCGACGAUUACUACUUGAUCACUGCAGCUCUGGAGCUCGUGAACUUCCCAGUCAUCAUUCCUUACACAAAAACUUGGUACGGUAAAAGAACCGCAGACAUGACCAUGAAAAUCUUUGAAAGCUGUGCCCAACAGGCCAAGGAACGUAUCAACGCCGGCGGAGAACCUUCGUGUGUCAUGGAUUUCUGGGUUCAGCUUAUGAAGCAGGCCAAGGACGGCAAGGGUGAGAAAUCUGCCGACUCCAAAAUGGUGAUUAGAGAGUUCUCCAACAGAGAAAUCUCCGAGGCUGUCUUCACUUUCCUAUUUGCAUCCCAGGACGCCUCUUCUUCUCUGUGCUGCUGGCUGUUCCAGCUUGUUGCUGACAGACCUGACGUGAUCAAGAAGAUCAGAGAGGAGCAGCUGCGCAUCAGAAACGGCGAUCCUCACGUUCGUCUGACCGGUGAAUUAAUUGACCAGAUGAAGUACACCAACAUGGUCGUCAGAGAGACCCUCAGAUAUAGACCACCGGUGAUCAUGGUUCCGCACGUCACCAAGAAGGCAUACCCAAUCAGCGAAAACUACACUGUGCCAAAGGGAGCCAUGGUGAUUCCAACCGUGUAUCCUGCUCUGCACGACCCUGAAGUCUACGAGAACCCAGACGAGUUCAUUCCAGAAAGAUGGGUCGAGGGAGCACCAGCAUGGGACGCUCCAAAGAAUUGGCUUGUGUUUGGAACCGGUGUGCACAGAUGUCUUGGACAAACCUACGUCCUCAUGACCUUCACCGCCUUGAUCGGAAAGGCUGCCAUGUUCCUCAACUUUGACCACAAGGUGACCCCGCUCAGCGAGGAAAUCAAGGUGUUUGCCACCCUCUUCCCAAAAGAUGAUCUGAUCAUGCAGUUCACUCAUAGAGACCCAACGGUUGUUGAGUAA